GUCUUUGUUUAUAUUCUCUAUAUAUAGUCCCAUCCUUUCACUGUUCUGCUGAACCAAAAGCAAAAGGCUGUUAGACACCUCCGGCUCCCAGCCUUUUUCUACCCCUAUUUUCUACUGUUUUGUUAUUCUCAGAAUCCAAACACAUGGGAGAAAACCCAGAAAGGAGAGGGUGAAAGUUUGAGAACUUUGUUUGGUUUUACUUUGGAAAAGUGAGUGUUUUGUUGGUUUUAAAGGACAAGAGAGAGAAAAACAAAGAAUAGGAGAUGGGUGAUAAAGAUGAUGGUUUGGGGUUGCGUUUGAGCUUGGGAUGUGCUCAAAAUCAGCCUUCUUUGAAGUUAAAUCUCACACCUUUAGCUUCAACCCGCAUGCAAAAUGUUCAGCAGAAGAACAGUUGGAAUGAGCUGUUUCAGUCUUCUGAUCGACACUUGGAUGCAAGAUCAUUUCUUGGAGGAAUUGAUGUGAACCAGGCACCAGCAAUGGUUGAUUGCGAGGAGGAAGGUGGGUUGUCGUCGCCCAACAGCACCGUUUCUAGCAUAAGUGGAAAGAGAAAUGAGAGAGACCCUGUGAGUGAUGAAACUGAGGCUGAGAGAGCGUCUUGCUCUUUAGCUUGUGAUGACGAAGAUGGUGCUGCUGGCGAUGCCUCAAAGAAGAAGCUUAGGCUUUCAAAGGAACAGUCGUUGGUGCUUGAAGAAAACUUCAAGGAACAUAGCACUCUUAAUACGAAGCAAAAGUUGGCAUUGGCAAAGCAAUUGAAUCUGAGGCCUAGGCAAGUGGAAGUUUGGUUCCAGAACAGAAGGGCAAGGACAAAGUUUAAGCAGACGGAAGUUGACUGUGAGUAUCUAAAGAGAUGUUGCGAGAAUCUAAGAGAGGAGAACAGGAGGCUGCAGAAGGAAGUGCAAGAACUUAGAGCAUUAAAACUCUCCCCACAGCUCUACCUGCACAUGAAUCCUCCCACAACUCUCACCAUGUGUCCUUCCUGUGAACGUGCGUCGGUUUCUUCAUCAUCGUCCUCUGCCGCAGCUGCUUCCUCCACCCCCACUUCAGCAGUUCCAAACCGUCACCAGAUGAGUUCCAGCCAUCAACGUCCAGUGCCUGUUAGUCCCUGGGCAGCACUGCCAAUUAGUCAUCGACCCUUCAAUGCCCCUGCAUCUAGAUCAUAAUUAGGAUAGUUAUGUUCUCAAAUGGGAGAAUAUUUUUGGCGGGAUACCAUUACUAUUUUUUUCAAGCCUUGUUUCCUGUUGGACUAGAUAAAGCAGGAGAUAAGGAAAUAUAACAGAAGAAUCUGAAUCCCUUUCGGUUAUAUUGUUGUGAUCUGAUUGUGGGCGAAGUGAGAAGUAGAAAUGAAAGGAGGUGGACAACAUCUACAGACUCUAAUGAAGGAAUAAUAAAGAUAUGGGAAGAUGGUUUUGUUUAUCCUUUAUAACUUAUUGGUGGCUUUUUCCUUGUGAAUGGUUGUACAAAUAGCUUUGAUCGGAUUCCGACUUUUGUCUACUAUUUUGUCGAAUUCGUUGCAACAAGGACUGCAGGAUUUUGGCAGUUAACUUCAAAGGACGCACAGCAAAUCUGACAAAUUCCUAAAAUGAUUUUUAACGUCAUUCAACCCCUUGAAUAGUUUCUAGGAAAAGCACUAAACCAAAACUGUACAGUUGAUUUUUUUCAGUUCCUUUCCUCUUUUACAUAAACAAAUUAAUUGUCGAAACAAAACCAGAGAAUUUAAGUGAACAUUGUCCAUUAAAUGGUUCAUAAAAGAGUGAGUAAAUUAGAACGGGCCUAAUCCCUUAAAGAAGCAAGGUAUACGGAUGUAUAGGCGUGCUAGAAGUUCUUAGCCACAAAUUAUAAUCUCAGAAGUACUGCUUUAAGCCCAAAAGUAAAAGAGAGUAACAGCAGUUUGGCAGCAGAAGCUUCCAAUAGGCAAUAGCUAUAAUUCAUUCCUCUUUACUCUUUUCAGGAUUGAAAAACAACACGAGGAUCCUGUGGGGAUUCGUUGCAUUUAGUUAUUUUCAAGUUCCUAAAUGGAGCUGUUUUUGUGGUGAAAACAACUUUAAGAAAAGCAUUCAAUGCGCUAAUAACUGCGUUUGGAACGAAGUCCUCAA